AUGGAUGAUGUUGGCUGUACUGGCACUGAGUCUGCCCUGUCUGACUGCAAACACAAAGGAUGGGGUGAAAAUAACUGUGAACACACUCUCGAUGCUGGAGUGAUGUGUUCAGAAUACACGGGGUUCAGGCUGGUGAACAGCAGCACAGCGUGUGCAGGGAGGGUAGAGGUCCAGGUGCUGGGGACCUGGGGGACCCUCUGUGCCUCCCACUGGGAUCUCUCGGAUGCCCACGUUCUCUGUCGUCAACUCAACUGCGGGUUUGCUGAGUCCGUUCCUGGAGGAGAGCAUUUUGGGAGAGGGACUGGCCCUGUCUGGAGAGACUCAUUCCACUGUGAUGGGACAGAAGCCCAUCUGGGACAGUGCCCAGUGAUCACCCUGGGGGCCUCACCAUGCUCCCACGGGAACAACGCUGCUGUCGUUUGCGCAGGCUCAGCCGGCUUUGCAUCCCUGCGGCUGGUGGGUGGAGGGAGCCGGUGCGAUGGACGAGUGGAGAUCUUCCAGAAGGGGACAUGGGGCAGAGUCCUGGAUGACCAGUGGGACAUGCAGGAGGCCAGCGUGGUGUGCCGGCAGCUGCGGUGCGGAGAGGCAGGGACAGCCUACAACCCCCCAAAGCCUGAGCGAGGGACCGGCCCUGUGGGGCUGCGAGGGGUCCGGUGCGCAGGGCACGAGGCCAGCCUGGCCCUCUGCAACACCUCCCUGCCCGAGAGUGCACCGGCGGCAGGGGUUGCGGAGGACGUGGGAGUCAUCUGCUGGGGGAGCCGGAGGGUCCGGCUGGUGAACGGGUCCGGGUACUGUGCUGGGAGAGUGGAGAUCUACUACCAGGGCAUCUGGGGGACUGUCUGUGACGACGGCUGGGACCUGUCUGAUGCCGCCGUCGUUUGCCACCAGCUGGGCUGCGGAGGGGCAGUGGAGGCAGCCGGCUCCGCUCAGUUCGGGGAAGGCUCCGGGCAGAUCUGGCUGGAUGGCGUGAACUGCUCUGGGGCCGAAGCUACUCUCUGGGACUGCCCUGCCAGGCCCUGGGGGCAGCACGACUGCGGGCACAAAGAGGAUGCGGGAGUCAUCUGCUCAGAGUUCGUGGCCCUGAGGCUGGAGAACAGUGAUGGCUGCUCCCGGCGCCUGCAGGUUUUCUACAACGGGACGUGGGGCAGCAUUUGCUCCAACUUGAUGACUCUCGACACAGUGUCGCUGGCAUGCAAGGAGCUGGGCUGCGGGGAUGGAGGAUCCCUGGAAAGACGCCUGCCUUAUGGCAAUGUGUCUGGUCCUACAUGGCUGGAUAACAUGCAGUGUGGGGAGAAAACCAGCUCCUUCUGGCAGUGUCCCUCUGCUCCCUGGAACCCACAGUCAUGUGAAGACCCACGAGAGGAGAUCCACAUCACCUGCAAUGAAAAGCCAUCACAGCCACACACGUCCAGCAGCAGUUGCCACCCAGGUUGCCAGCAGCGCCUGGGGGAGGCAGAGGCAUCUGCAGAUUCCCCCCGGGGCCGUUUGACUGGCAGCAGGAGAGUCUCAGUGCCUGUCAUCAUCUGCAUCAUCCUGGGGGCCCUUCUCUGCCUGCUCCUGGCCCUCCUGGCUGGGCAAGCACUAAGCACCAGGGCUGGGCGCAGAGGCUCCAGGAGUGCUCAGGAGAUGUUCCCUGAGGCUGUGUACGAGGAGAUUGGUUACAGCCCAGUGUGGGAGAAGCAGGCGAGGUUUGGUCACUCAGGGCCCAGCCUGCACUCCCGCAGAAGUGCUGGGGUCCUUGGAGCUGAAGGAGGCAUGUGGCCCCUGUCCCUGGGGAGCAUGGGCUAUGAUGAUGCUGAAGAGGUGUCUCUGGCACAUCCCCCUGAGGACAUAAUGGCUGUGACACCGGAGCUCUGUGCACAACAGUCCCAGAGCCCCAGGCCAUGA